AUGUCCCAAUUUGAAGAGACAAUCUUCAGAACAUCGCUGCAAUCCUUUCAGCGUGUAAUGAUUUUAAUGGGUAUUGUUUGCUGUUUAAGUCCAUCUGUCAGCAAGCAGGACCUGUCCUGCCGAAAAUUAACAACAAUGAGUUUACAUAUCAUUGCUAUAUUUUCACUCGUCGUCUAUCUAAUCCAUGGACACUUGAAAAAUGUGAGAGAAUCAAUUUACAACAGCGACGACACUUUUACAAUCGCGUUGGAUAGUCUUGGGUUCAGCACUUUAGUAAUGGUCCAACUGAUUGUGUAUUUGGAGAGCUCUUGGAAGGUAGAAAUGUAUCACAAAAUCUUCAAUAAAUUUGAGCAAAUGCGAAUAUUGUUAUUGGAAAAGUUUGCCAUACAGUUCGAUUAUUCCAGGCUUAAGUUCUACAUCAGGCUAUUGCAGAUUCACUUUACAAUCAAUAUGAUUUUAAUAAUCUGUUUUGUGGUGGUGACGUUCCCACCCAACGUGGAUUUAUUGCUCAGCAUGUACGCGGAGCUUGUGUUGAAAGUGAAAAUGUUCGAAUUUAUGUUUUUCGUUGUUGUAUUCAUGGUGAUGAUAUUCGAUGUAUGCCGAGCAGCACGCCUUCAAUGCAGAUUUGUGGAGAUGAUGCAAUUCGCAAGUAGUGCCCAACGUCAAGAAUGUUUGAUGGGCUUUGUAGCUCUGCAAGACUUGCAUGCUUUGCUUUGGGAAAAUGUGCAGGUACUAACCAACUACUUUGAAUGGAGUUCACCAGGAAUAUUUGCAAAACAGCUUAUAGAUCUGACCUUGUUAGCAUAUUGGGCCUUUUUGAACACCGAACUAGGAACAACGGCAAGAGUUCGAUAUUAUCUAAUAGUUUUAUGGGCAGUGCAAAUAUUCACUUUAACGAUUGCGUGUCUUCUCUGUUCCGUAUGUGAACGAUGGGACAGAAAAUUGCGUUCUAGUUUUAGAAAUAUCUUAAAAGAUCGACGAAAUCCGCUCCUUAUGAGAUGUUUGAAUCGAAUUUCAAUGCAGCUAUGGCACGAGCCAAUUUCAUUUGAGGCGGGCCAUUUUGUUACAGUCAAUAUUGGAACUCUUGGCAAAUAUAUAUUUACCAUAACUAUGUAUAUUGUAAUACUUAUACAAUUUCGUAUGUCCGUUUGA